AUGCGUGUCGCGUUCAACGGCGCCGCCGUCGCCACCCCGGCCAAGUCUUCCUCCGCCAUGAAGAUGUCGUUCGAGUCGGAGAUCGGCGCGCAGCCCCCCCUCGGAUUCUGGGACCCGCUCGGCCUUCUCGCGGACGCGGACCAGGAGCGGUUCGAGCGCCUCCGGUACGUGGAGGUGAAGCACGGGCGCAUCGCUAUGCUCGCCAUCGCCGGUCACCUGACCCAGCAGAACGUCCGCCUCCCCGGCAUGCUGUCGAACUCGGCGGACCUGUCGUUCGCGGACAUGCCAAACGGCGUGGCCGCGUUGUCGAAGAUCCCCCCGGCGGGCCUCGCGCAGAUCUUCGCGUUCGUGGGCUUCCUUGAGCUGGCUGUGAUGAAGAACGUGGAGGGCUCCUUCCCCGGAGACUUCACGAACGGCGGCAACCCGUUCGCGUCCUCGUGGGACGCGAUGUCGGAGGAGACCCAGGCGUCGAAGCGCGCGAUCGAGCUGAACAACGGGCGCGCGGCACAGAUGGGCAUCCUGGCUCUGAUGGUGCACGAGGAGCUGAACAACAAGCCGUACGUGAUCAACGACCUCCUCGGCGCGGGAUACACCUUCAACUAGAUUACUCGUCCAUGCGGCCUUCAGAACUUUUGGACCAGUUUUGUUGCUGGGGGCGCUUUUGUGAAUAGCGGUUCCUUCCGUGUUGUGAUUUGUUUUAAUCGUUUUGUUUUAGAGCUGCGAUGGGGGGAGGGGACCGCCUCUUCCUCCCUAGAUUGGAGCCGGAUGAUGUUGCUGCCGCCGCAUUCUAAUUUUCUUUUGGUCUCGUAAGACAGGUGCCAUGUCGACCGAUGCAGGAAAAAACGUCCGCAGGGCAGGGGGCUGGGGAAAGGGGGUCCCUUGUUGGUGUAGUGUCUGCUGCGCCUGAUCUUUCGACGUUUCUUGCCUGGGGCAUGGUUUCCCGCUGUUGCCGUUGCCUGUUUGUUUGCCCUUGAGUUAUUUUUUUGGUGUCGGGCUUGACCGUGAUGCCUACGCUAGAGAGGCGUGCUGCGAUGGUAGAUGUCUUUGCGUUGCACUCUCUUCUGAAUGACUUGGAACAGGGGACUGCUGUCAAUGAAAAGAAACUUUUGAAGCCAAGAACCAAAUGAGCUUGCACUGCCGUGCUUGCGAACACAUAUCCUCCCCUGUGUGGUGUAUCCUGGCGGUGAUUUUUUAGCACUUCCAGGGUGCGCCAGCCAGCACAUGAGGAGGAUUCGGCCGACAUCGCGGAGUGUCGCACUUUUUGGAUGUUUGGUCCAUGGACUGUGCCCUACCUACCGUUCCAUGAUAUGCCCGUUCGUGGUGCGUGCCACCCGUGAGCGCAUUUUAAAAUGUCACAUGCCUGUUCAUCGCAUGCAGUAGGCCGGCAUGACCAAACCCGGCUGUUGACAUGUGACCAUCUCACGAAAAGGUUUGCCGCCUCGCUCCCAGCGGUUCAUCUUAGGGGAAGAGUACAAAGAGUCGU